AUGAACCAGCCACCGAGGAUGGCUCCGGUGGGUACAGACAAGGAGCUCAGUGACCUCCUGGACUUCAGCAUGAUGUUCCCGCUGCCCGUGGCCAAUGGGAAGGGCCGGCCCGCCCCCCUGGUUGGCGCCCCCUUCACAGGCUCAGGUCUUGACGAACGGCCCAGCUCGGGCUCCUGGGGCGCCGGCGACCAGAACAGUUCCUCCUUUGACCCCAGCCGGCCCUAUGGGGAGGGCCCCCACUUCAGUGAGUCUCGUGGCUGCCUGUCUUCAUCCCCGUUCCUGGGACCUGGCCUCACAGGCAAAGGCAGUGAGCGGGCCCCAUAUGCCUCUUUCGGGAGAGAAGCUGGCAUUGGUGGUGUGAAUCAGGUUGGCUUCCUGCCGGGCGAGCUAGCCCUCAGCAGCCCUGGGCCGCUGUCCCCCUCAGGUGUCAAAGGCAGUGCCCAGUAUUACCCUCCAUAUCCCAGCAAUCCCCGGCGGAGACCCGCGGACGGCAGCAGCCUGGACUCCCAGUCCAAGAAGGUCCGGAAGGUGCCACCGGGGCUCCCGUCAUCGGUGUACCCACCCAGCUCAGGGGAUGACUACAGCAGAGGCCCCGCCGCCGAUCCCGCCGGCAGGACUCCUGGCAGCUACCCCACGCCCUUCUACAUGGCCGAUGGCAGCCUGCACCCUUCGGCUGAGCUCUGGGGGCCCCCAGGCCAGGCAGGUUUUGGGCCCAUGCUGAGUGGGGGCUCCUCCCCGCUGCCCCUCCCUCCUGGGGGCACCUCUGCAGGCAGCAGCGUCCUCAGCGGCCUUCACCAGCAUGAGCGCAUGGGCUACUCGCUACAUGGAGCCGAGGUGAACGGCGGGCUGCCUGCCGUGUCCAGCUUCUCGUCGGCACCUGGAGCUGCCUACAGCAGCGUCCCCAGCCAUACCCCGCCAGUCAGUGGAGCGGACAGCCUUCUGGGCUCCCGAGGGACCACGGCCGGCAGCUCUGGGGACGCCCUUGGAAAGGCCCUGGCCUCGAUCUAUUCCCCGGACCAUUCCAGCAACAACUUCUCGUCCAGCCCCUCGACCCCCGUGGGCUCCCCCCAGGGACUGGCAGGGAGUUCUCAGUGGCCCCGAGCAGGAGCCCCCGGUGCCUUAUCACCCAGCUAUGAUGGGGGCCUUCACAGCCUGAACAAGCUGGAGGACCACUUGGACGAGGCCAUCCAUGUGCUACGUAGCCACGCUGUGGGCACAGCCAGUGACAUCCACAUGCUGCCCGGCCCUGGCGCCCUGGCCUCAGGCUUUGCCAACCCCACCAUGUCGCUGGGUGGCCGACAUGGUGGCCUGGCAGGAGGCGGCCACACAGAAGAUGGGGUGUCAGGCGGCGCCGGACUGCUGCACAACCACGUAUCCCUGCCCAGCCAGCCCAGCGCACUCCCUGACCUCUCUCGGCCUCCCGACACCUACAGCAGCCUCGGGCGGCCCGGCACGGCGCCCGGUGAGAUCAAGCAGGAGGAGAAGGAGGACGAGGAGAGCCCCUCGCUAGCCGACAACUCAGAGGAGGAGAAGAAGGAGCUGAAGCCCCCGCGCACGCGGACCAGCAGUGCGGAGGAAGUGCUGUCCCUGGAGGAGAAAGACCUGAGGGACCGGGAGAGGCGCAUGGCCAAUAACGCGCGGGAGCGGGUGCGCGUGCGGGACAUUAACGAGGCCUUCCGGGAGCUGGGCCGCAUGUGCCAGCUGCACCUCAAGUCGGACAAAGCACAGACCAAGCUGCUCAUCCUGCAGCAGGCCGUGCAGGUCAUCCUGGGCCUGGAGCAGCAGGUGCGAGAACGCAACUUGAACCCCAAAGCAGCCUGCCUGAAGCGGCGAGAAGAGGAGAAAGUGUCUGCUGUGGUCGGAGACCCCCAGAUGGUGCUGUCAGGCACCCACCCAGGUCUGGGGGAGGCUCACAACCCCACUGGGCACAUGUGAGGUAUGCACACAUGGUCCUGGGUCAGCGUCCACCUAUUCACACCCAGGUG